GUAAAUCAAGGUCAAUCCCAGGUCAGCGACCAGCUGCAAAUCCCGGUCAACUUUCUGUAUGACUGGAUCGAUUAUCACCGCUUGCCCACUGGCGCCAUCUGCUAUCAAGUACUUGGAAACGAGUCUCACUCGAUUUUGUUUGGCGACAUGAAGAACGUCGGUGGCUUCAAGAAAAGAGUGAGAAACAGCCCCGAGAAUAAACAAAAACACUCUGAACAAGAAUUCACGCCCAAAAGAAGAGAAUUCAUACCCAGGGAAGGAAUAUGGGCACAAUUAUCAGCAGCAACUGCCAAAUUCGGUUCCCUGAGACCAAUGAUCACAUCAGUGGCAGUAUUUCAAUUCAUUGCUGCUCAGCUUGAGGAUGAUCCUCAUGACAAAGAAGUGGCCAUCUUGGCCAAGGCCUUCUCAUCCUGGCGGCCAUUUGUAGCAAGUUUUCUUGCACUGACAUUAAUGACCAUUGGGGCAUACCCUGUUGUGGGGAUAUUAGAAAUAAUUGGUUCAAAUGCAAUCAGCCAGGCUGCAGCCGGGGUGCUUUACACCCUAGUGAUUUAUUUGCCCUCAUUGGAACAGUGGCACUUGGAACAUCCAGGAAAUCCUCAUGAUCUUGCAAACUUGAGAUCAUAUGCUUCUCUAGUGCUGAGAACACUACCAGUGGCCUUCUUCAGCAUAAUAACAUUGGGUUACAAUUUAUUCCACUGCAUCUUGAACAUGAAUGCUGAACUGAACAGGUUUGCGGAUUGCAGAUUCCAGGGGGAUUUCUGGAAUCGCAGCUCCUUCAGGAAGUCCUUUGCUGUUUGGAAUUACCCUGUGCAUGACUGGUUAUACGAAUAUGUGUACACACCAAUAUACCAAUGCCCUUGGGGCAAGAGCAGACAAGUGGCAGGAAUUCUGGCUCUUCUAUUUUCCUACCUAUUCCAUGAACUGCUGGUGAACUUGGCCAGAAGAUCCUGGGGUUGGACGUUUGUUCCUUUCUACUUUGGAGCAGCUUUGCAGCAACUGGUUGUGGAUCAGAUGUUUGAAGAUAAGGAGUGGAAGAAAGAUUUGAGGAGCAUGUUGUACAUUCUCAACAUGGUGAUUGGUGCAAGUGUAUUUGCCUCCCAUUUAUACAUAAAUGAUGCCCUCAAUGGACCCAUUGAAACAUGGGAUGAUUGGACAACGGAACGACCCCUGAGUGAAGAAUUCCCCCAGCAGGACAAACGCAUUUCCGAAAGAAUCAGUAAAGGCGGUGACAAAUCUUCUUCUUCUUCAUCAUCAUUGGCAACACUGGAAGACGAGAAUUGCGCAUGCAGUUGCGGCGUUUGUUACACCAAACCCGAAUGGCGUCCCCCAGCACAACCCAACUGCACCACCUUUUGCAUUUAUCGAGUCAAGCACUACGAGCCUUGCUUUUCGGGCGACAUCUGUGCGCCACUGGACUUUGUUCCCGUCUAUGACUACUACCAGAUUCAAAUUCCAUCCAAGGUGAGAGGAUGGAACCCACAGCUGAUGAAUGGUCGCCUCCUGACCUCAACAACAACCACAGAAGAACCACUGCUGAGGGAAGCUGACAAUUGCGAAUUCUUAGAGCUUCUCAAUGAUGCCAAAAUACAGGAUACAAUCAAAAUAAUGGAUAACCCAGCUUUUGAACCUGGGGACAUACCACCAAAUGUCCACCAGGUGUCACCACCUCCAUCACAACCACUGGAUGCACUAGAAGAGGAAGAACCACCUGUUUUGGAAGUUGAGCAAGUUGAGCCUGGACAAGGACAAAAUAAAGUGGUUCAUCCCAUGAAAGAAGAUGUUCCUCCAGUGAAAAAACUUGAAGAUGAAAAUGUUGGACAAGAAGUGGCAGCAAUCCAAACUCUUGGGGUGGCAAAGAAAGACAGCAAACCACUACCAGGGUUUGAGGAGGUGCCAAUAGAUGAACUGCCUUCCAAGCAAGCGGUAACAGAAACAGACAAAGCCCAGCAGCAACUUGUGAAACCUCAAGACAUGGAUACCUUGUGUGGAUUUGGCAAUUGGCACCCAGAUUGGUUGCAAAAACUUGCCACUCCUUGGGGAUUCAUGGCAGUAUUUGCAACUGCUCUGCUGCUCCAAGGAGUUUACUUCACCUACUUUGUGGCUGGAGAAGAUGCCCUGGAGGGGAUGUUCACAAUUUUCAUGGCAUUUUUUGUUUGUGGCCUGGGGAUCUCAGUGGUACAACCCCUGGGAUUAUCAUACUAUGAUGAUAAUGUCAAAUCGACGCAUGCGCCUUUGUAUCAUGGGACACUAUCUGCAGCAAGAGUGUUGGGGCCAUUUUUUGGCUAUGGCCUGGGGGCUUUGUGUCUGAGGCUUUAUGUCAAUCCUUGGGAUCCUCCUCCUGGAGUCACUUUGGAGGAUCCCAGAUGGCUUGGGGCCUGGUGGCUUGGUUACCUCAUUCUUGGAUCAUUAAUGAUUGUGAUUGGAGGAUGCUUAUUCAUAUUCCCAAGAAAGUUACCAACAAGGCCAAGUAAGAAAAUUAAGGUUCCAGUAGAAGAGCCAGAAAAACCAGAACCUGUCAAGAAUGGAGGAAAUUCCACUUUGGAGAAUAAAGGAAAACCACAUUUUGAGAGUGAAGCAGCAGAAGAGGAUAUUCUUUCAGGAGCUCUGGAUCCAGGACCCACUGAAUUGCCUGCAUUAAAAGGGGAGAAAUAUUCCUGUGGCACUGAAAAGACUUGUAACCAACCAGGUGUGGCUGGAGUGUUGGUUAUGGUGAUUGGAAUGGUGGGCGCAGGCUUUUUCAUCAAGAAAUUCAGACCAAGUGCAAGAACUGUCACUGGGUAUCAUAUACUAGUGACAGCUUUCAAUAUUGUUGGGAUGUUUGGUGCCAUUGGUAUUGGGUGUUCUGGUCUGAAUCUGUUUGGCACAACAGAUUCAACUUCUGGACAAAUGCAGAUGCAUGCGCCUUGCAAUGCUCACUGCAGCUGUAGCACAGCUGAGUACAAUGUGGUCUGUAUGGAGCCAACCAAUGUACAUUUUUACAACCCUUGCUUUGGAGGAUGCACUGGACAACAGGUCAUCAGAAAACUAUCCCCAGACGGUAGCUUUGUCAACAAAACAGUCUACACAGGAUGCACUUGUGGUCAGGCAUCAAUGAAUUUCAGCACAUCUUUGCCAAUCAAUGCAACCUCAGAUCUGACAGCAGUUGUUCAAGGGUAUUGCAGUUCAGCCACAUGUUCCAAUUUUGUGAGUUACCUGGUCUUGAUAGGCAUCAUCAAGACAGUGACAUCUACUUCCAGAGUUGGAGGACUCAUGAUCACAAUAAGAUCUGUGGAAAAGAGGGACAAGUCCUUGGCAGUGGGAUUCUCUCUGGUCAUGUUUGCCAUUUUGGCUUUCAUCCCAACGCCAAUCUUGUAUGGUGCCAUUAUCGAUUCCACUUGCUUGAUAUGGAGGGAGACCAAGUGUGGGACCAAAGGAAAUUGUGCCUUCUAUGAUGCCAACAAGUUCAGAGUGGCUCUACAUGCCACUCCAGCAGGGAGACCAAGUGUGGGACCAAAGGAAAUUGUGCCUUCUAUGAUGCCAACAAGUUCAGAGUGGCUCUACAUGCCACUCCAGCAGGUCACGACGACUGGCAAAGGAAGAAAGACCUUUAGGACCACACCUUUUUUCGAAAAAACCUGGACUUGUAUGGAAACCAAAACGAACCAGCCAAAAAGUUGGAAGAAAAGUCAAAAGAAGAAUUCCGCCCGGUUGCUCACCAGCAACUGCUCUGUGCUUUUCUUCAAAGUUUUCUCUAUCCUGAAAUACAGUCAAGUCGAUCAGCCUCCGCAUCAUCUUCUGGAACAAAAGUUCCAGGGAGAAUUUGUGCAACACGAAGGAGAGUCCAUCCAUCACCCAGAUCACAAAGACGAAGACACGCUUUGCGGAUUGGGAAACUGGAGACCCAAGGUUGACGUUUUUAAACGCUCAGGGACCUCGAAGUACCGACGAAUGACGGAGUGUUACAUCACGGGCGUGGUGAUGGCGGGUAACGAAAUCAGCGAGAUAGUGUUCGCCAUUUUCAUCACGUAUUUUGGCGGGAAGGGGCAUAGACCGCAUUGGGUUUCCUGGGGGAUCUGGUGCACAAUUAUCGCCUGUCUCAUGAUGGCGUCGCCUCAGCUCUUUGAAACUGAACAAGAGAGCCCUUUGUACCGAUUACCAAACACAACUUGUUCUCGUCGUAAAUAUCCAGCCACGAGUCCCCUAAAGAUGUGCCUGGCACAAACGAAUUCAGCACUGCCGCCUGUUUGUCACUCAGAAGGGCACGGGUCCAUCAGAGGAAUGUUCAUGAUGUUCGCGUCAUUCUUUGUUUCCGGGCUCGGGGUAUCGGUUAUCCAGCCCCUGGGGCUGUCAUACUACGACGACAAUGUCCCGCCUGCCCAGGCCCCGUUGUUUCACGCAGAAGACAGGCGCCGGGCCCAAGACCCGGGCAAAAGGCCGAUGUACGACCCAAGGCACACGGAGUCCAAGAUGCAAAAGGGCCCGCCGUUGGGACCACCC